AGGAGAAAGAGCUUUAGAAGCAGCUUGUUUUCUUGAAAGAUCUAGCUGGUAGAUGCAGGAGAGAGCGAGGCAAAGAGUGAGUCCUACAGGUGUGCCGUCCACAAACUAAACAACAGCACGUAAAAGACCCACCAGCAAGAUGGAACUGCUGAAGAUCCUGCCUUGGCAUCGUGCUGUCUUGGCAGUUGUCUUGAAUCUGCUGGCUCUCUGCCUCUCUACCACAGCCUUGCUUGCCAGCUACUGGUGUGUUGGGACCCAGAAGGUGCCCAAGCCUUUGUGUGGAAAGGGCAAAGCCACCAAGUGCAUCGGUGUGCAUGUGUCCGCGGACGGAGGUGCUACCAAUUCUUCAUCCCAGGACGUAGUGCACUACAGCUGGGAGACCGGGGACGACCGCUUUGCCUUCCGAUACUUCCACACGGGCAUGUGGCUUUCCUGUGAGGAGAACAUGGAAGGGCCAGAUGAGAAAUGUCGUAGCUUCAUUGAGCUUUCACCCCCCGCAGAGAGAGGAAUCCUGUGGCUGGCGUUGGGGUCGGAGAUGGUCUACAUCAGCUUGCUGGUCAUUAGUUUCAUCCUGCUGCUGAUAGAAAUGCUGUACACUGGGAAUCCAGUCUGCGGGCUGAAGCUCAAUGCCUUCGCUGCUGUCUCCUCUGUGCUGUCUGGUCUGCUGGGGAUGGUGGCUCACAUGAUGUACUCACAAGUCUUCCAAGCGACUGUCAAUCUGGGGCCAGAGGACUGGAGACCGCACUCGUGGGACUAUGGCUGGGCUUUCUACAUGGCCUGGGCCUCCUUCACCUGCUGCAUGGCCUCUGCUGUUACCACCCUCAACACUUACACCAAGACCGUGCUGGAGUUCAAGCGUAACCAUAUCAAAGGCUAUGAUGGGAGCUUCAAGGACCAGUCACAGCACCAUCAGUGCUUCAUGUCGCAGCAGCAGCACAGGGAGCAGAUGAGCAGCUACUACCAGCAGCGAGACAAGUCUCUCCACUCCAUCUCAGAGGGGGUCGACUUUUACUCUGAGCUGCAGCAGAAGGUGCUACAGCGGGAACCUGAACUGGAGCUAGAUGAGGUCUUGGGACAGUCCAUGGAAGAAGAUCGCUGUUAGGGAGUGGGGAGCAGGCUGCUUGGGAAGCAGUAGGGAGAUUGAGGUCUGAACCAAAUACUAGUAUCAUUGUUAUCAAGUUCUCUGGUGUUCUGGUUCCUUUCUUUAACACUUGUGGGGGGCUGGGAGGAGGAAAAGGCAUGUGGUCACUGUUAUCAAUGUCUUUGGGCAGCACUGCAGGGACACUUACAGGGACAUUGUUGCUUGUGCUACUGGA